AUGUAUUUCUCAUCUCUACUUAUCAGCGCUUUACUUGCUCCACUUUCAGUGGUCGCUCACCCAGGGCAUCAUGAAGCUCUCUCUUACAAGGAGAUCACUCGUCGUGCUGGUCUUUCAAAACGCUGCGAAGGUGCUGCUGCAUCGAUGAAUGCCAAGCGAUGGCUUCGACAUCAGGAGCGUCGUUCUCUCGCUGCUCGUGCCAACACAACGGUUGUAAUUACCACCGAAGCACCAUACUACGACGUGAUCCAAAACGACACUUGCGUUCUUACUCCCGAGGUUACUACGGGUCCUUACAUCUGGCCACAAUCCCAAACUCUUCGUCAAGACAUGGCUGAAGACCAACCAGGUGUCCCACUUUACCUCGAUAUCGGAGUCCUAGACACCAAUACCUGCGAGCCUCUCGAAGGAGUACUGGUCGAUCUCUGGCACUGCAAUGCCACUGGUUCUUACUCCUCCUUCGAAGCACUCGACCCCAACACACCAUUCGCCGAACUCCUAGAAUCACUCAACAAAACAAUUGGUCCCGAUCUCGACCUGCACACCGGCAAUUCAACCUUCCUGCGAGGAAUGUGGCCCACAGACGCCAACGGAAUGAUGGAAAUGAAGACCAUCUUCCCAGGAUUCUACGUCCAGCGAGCCAUUCAUAUUCAUGCUCAAGUACACACCAAUUGGGUUGUGGGGAUCAAUGGCACCAUUGUUUCUGAUGAAACAAUUAGUACUGGACAAAUUUUCUUUGCGGAGGAUUUGAGUGAGCAGAUUAUGGCUUUGGAGCCGUAUGCUAGUCACACUCAGAUUAACAGGACUACGAAUGCUGUUGAUUCUAUUUACUCUUCUGAGGAUACAGCUGGGUUUGACCCGGUAAUGGCGAUUGUGCCGCUUGAUGGCGAAGAUGUUACGAAAGGGAUGGUUGGCUACCUUACCUUGGGUGUUGCUGCUUAA